GCUCGACAGCCUUUGGAAAUGGCUUGGCUCCUCACUCUGAUUUUUGGACUGCCUCUUCUCCAGAAACCUGUCACUUCCCUUGGCUCUAACUCAACACAACCCUUAAACCAUAACAACCUGAGUAUUCAGGCAAUUGAUGGCUUUCCAAAAGCUCUACCUGCGACACAUCACUCAAGCUGGAAUGAGGAAAGAGUUGACAAUAGGUUGUCCAAAGACUUGCUUUUACCUCUUUGGCCCAACUUUAGCAUAAAUGAUGGCUCUGGGGAAGGAAGUGGACUUCAGCAGAGCCUUGAGGUUAUGAUGCCCUCUAGUGGUCCACUGGAGAUGGACAUGUUCAUUCCAGACAGAGUCGAGAAACAAGAUGUUGAGGUGGAAGAGUUAGGUGCUCCACAUUCCCCUCCAAUUCCACAAAAACUAACUCAGUAUAUUGAUGAUGAUAAUGAUGAUGGUGAAGGUGAAGAUGUCAUUUUAGCAAACAAUAGCAGUGCACCUGAUGAAGCCACGUCCACAGUGGUUGUUCAGUUGACUACAAACAUCCACAUAAAUAAACAAAGACAUUAUGAUCAGAAUGACAGAAUGAACAAAGACCACCCUUUGUUGACAACCAUCAAACCAAUUACAGAGAAAAACACUACUGAAAACUCUCCAGUCAAUAUGUAUUUAGAGACAUUUAAUAAAAAUGUAGAGGUGAACAACAAAGAAAACUGGAAGACUUCUCAAGAUACAAAGUAUAUUGCUUUCAGACAGAUUUUAAGUUCCAUCACAAAGCCUGAAACAUCAGGGCACAAUGGCACGCUUAUGACGCAGUCUGGCUCAAUCCAAGGGUCCUUUGAGAAUCUCAUGGUGGGAGAGGAACGUUAUGUCACCAGCCAUCUGCCUGCAGCCACACCUCCAUUAAAGACGGGUAUGGAGAGUCAUGAAGGGACUACCUCUGAUUUACCUGUGGGGUCAUCGUCCACAACUACAUCUGUUUUGCAGGCAAAAAACAGAGCCACAAACUCAAAAAACAAAGAUUACGAAAAGCCAGAAUGGUUUGGACGUUUGUUUGGACCAUUAACAGAGAGUGAUCUAUCUAGUGUCAUAAGUACAUGCAUACUAGGCCCAUGCGUGGUCUCCACCGGUGGCAAUGUGACCCGGCUACAGUGGGAGGAUUUGAAACGGACACUAACCUUUGCUUGGGAGGUCCAUGUGUUUGGCUCAGCUGCACUGUUUCUGUUGGUAGUGGUUGCUGCAACUUUUGGAGUGAUCGGUGGGACUAAUAUGCUCCACCCCUUUUGCAAGACAUUCACUCUUGCAAACAUUCUGCUUCUGCUAACAGGUCUGCUUCGAUUUGUACAGCUCAUAAUUGACCCGUAUGGUACCAGAAACAUUCUGCCUCGCCCUGCCCUUACUGCUUUGUAUAACUUACCAAUUCCCUUACUGCUCUGGGCCCAAGCCACCUUGGCACUUUUUGCUCUGAGGGAAGAAACAUCUCCUCAACGGCUUUCAGUGACUGGGGGACUGGCAGCACUGCACUGUAUCUCCCUCCUGAUGGCUGACCUUCUAUCCAAAACUUUGUUGCCAGCACUGCCACUAAUGUUACAGACAUUGACUAUUUGCUGGGGAUUACUGCUUUGUUUUGGAAUCUUUUUCCAGUGUCUAAAGCAUCUCUGCAUCUCCCACAGGUCCGCUCUACCAAGGUGGAGUGCUCCGAAAAGCUUAGAAAACAGUGUCAGGCGCGUACUGUUGCUGUGCUCCCUCCUUGGGAUGUUCUCCUGCACUCUGCAGAUCUAUAGUUUCCUCUGGCUUUAUGGGUUACUUGGUGACUGGCGCAGAUUUGGGUGGGGCUGGUGGUUCGGCCAACUCUCAGCAAGACUGCUUGAGCUGGCCUGGAGUUUCUCUCUUCUACUACUGGGAUCUAGGGUGUUCUGGAGACCACAAGGAAGUAAGCAGACAGCUAAGAGAGGAGGAAAGUGGAAACACAAGAACAGGCUGUUGGACAGGUUACAAAUGGGGCAUUGGUGGAGCCUGGAUAAGAACUGGGCUGAACUGUUGCCAAAUAACUGGAAAGGUCACAGGCAGUCCCGUACAAAUGUCAGUCAGUCUGUCAGCCAGUCGGUGAUCCGAAACCAUGUAACUCCAGCGACCUCAAUCAUGACAGUGCAUGACAAUGCGGGAGUUAUUGGCAGGGGUGUCCUGUAUAACAACAGUUACGACCACCGUGCCUCUCCUCUGUGGACUAGCGGUGUGGAAUGGCAAGAACAUGAGUGCAUUCUCUCACUUAUUGAGUUUGACCUUCAUCCCCCUUCACCCAUCAACCUCCAUCAUAGCAUUGACAGCGCCCUCCAUCAUGCCCACUUGCUUGGUGUAGGUAACCUUUUCUCCCCUUCUUCACCCUCCUGGACCCAAAAUGAGGGGUCAGGUGGACCACUCUUCGAAAAUGUUGUGUCACCGACCACCACAGCUAGCAAAGCCUAUAGGUGGGCUUUAGAUACUGGCUCAAGUUCUAACUCCCCUGAGCAUCUUGGGACUGCAGUACAACAUACUGAAGUGUCUGUGAUUGAGCCCCUGGCUUCCUUGACUCCAGAGACCAUUAGGAAAGUGUGGGAGAGAGAUACGGUCAUCCCAAGAGUCACUGUGGAAGAUGACUGCACCAGUAUAGCGAGUGGAGAUGACAUCACUAGUCUUUGAACUACUAAGAAGUUUAGCACUUUCCACAUGCAAAAUAGCAGAUUUAUAUGUUUUUAAAUAAACAAUGGAAACAAUAAUUAACCAAUGUUAUUCUUAUAUUAUCAUUGACUGGAGUUUAAUGG